AUGGGGCAGAAGCCUGGUCGGCUGCGCGGGCUUCCCAGCAUCACUGCAUCGCGAAACGACCUACGUCGAGUUUACACCUGCUCCUUCACAGUGCCAUACAGCUGGUUUGGUCAGAUGAUUUCCUGCAGAGGACGCUGCCACGAUGCUGCCAGAGAAGCAAAGGCCCAGCAAGUCCCGCCCGCAGAACAGGAGCAGGAGACCAGAAGCUGCGACAAUGGAAGCUUUGUCAUGCGAAUUUGCUUCGCGAGAGGAGAUGCCCGACCGGUCUUCACCGAGGCCGUAUCAUGUCGAUUCCGAGCUUUGCUCAUGACUCCAUGUCCACCGAAAAGCGCUGUCGAUCAAGAUCUGAUGAGGCAAUGCAGACCAAAUUCAAUGCACUCCGCGUUCUCCAAGCAAGAGGCUGACCCGCUGCUCGGGAGAUCGACACGUGGAAUCCUUCGGGACUGGCUACUGCCGUGCUUGCUUCCGCCGGUUAUGAUUCUGGCGUCAGCCUCGUUGAUCCGUAGCAACCAGCACCUGAUGCAACCUGCCGUUUUCCCGCAUCCAUUUGUGCUUGUGACGAUGCAUUGCUUCUGUUGUUCCUUCUUCUCCGGCGCCCUUCUGCUUUGCAAGCCAUCGCUGUUUCCUGCGCUGACGGAUCCAGACAAGAUGGUUGACAUCACCCCGCAGUACUACCUCAGGGAAAUACUUCCCAUCGCGGGCUGCUUUGCAGUGUCACUAGUAACCAGCAACAUGGCCUACAAGUACUGCACUGUUGCUUUUCUCCAGAUGAUGAAGGAGUCCAACAUAGUUACCAUCUAUCUCAUGUCGGUGGCGGCCGGCAUCGAGAACUUCUCUUUAGUUCAGUCCAUGAUCUUGGUUGCCAUGGUGUGCGCAACCUGGACAUGCGUCCAGGGUGAGUUGCACUUCUCUGCGCUCGACCUGCUGCUGCAAGCCAGCUCCUCCCUGGCGGAAGCGGCGAAGACUAUCUUUCAGUGUUUAGCUUUGGCGCAUGGCUCCGGAAAGAAGUUGGAUCCACUGUCAGCAGUGCUCGUGAUCAUGCCUUUGUGCGGUCUCCUGCUGGCAAUGGUGAUCUUGUUCCACUGCCAUGCUUACGAACUGUCUUUCGUCACCAUUCCGACGUACAGCCAGAUCUUCGAGCUUCGCUCUGACUUGGCCUUGAAUGUUGCGAACGCGUUUGUUCUCAAUGUGCUCAUCGCCAUGUUCCUGAAGAUUUUGUCCCCGGUGGCCUACAUCCUCACCGGCAACGUGAAGGACAUUGCCAUCGUGGUCAUGUCUGCGCUGCUCAUGCACGAGUCCAUCAGCAACCAGCAGAUCUGUGGCUUCAGCAUGCAGGUUGCUCUUGUGUUCCUUUGGAGCGCUUUGAAGCAGCUUACAAAGAAGAGCUGCUCGAGUUGCCUGUCACCUGCCUCGAGCACCACUAUAAGCCGGGCAAGGUUCUCGCGGAUGGAUCCGUGCACGCCUUCUCUCAUGCUCACCGUGGCCCGGCUUGAGAAUUCGCUUGAGCCGCUCGACACCUUCGCCUUCGAUUGCAGCAAACGCGGUCUGGCCGGUGAGCUGGCGAAUGUCACGAACUCCAUUGAUCACCUGCAAGGCGACGUCUCCUCGGCAGAGGUGAUGCGCGUUCGUCUCGAUGGUCACGGCGACACCUUGGAGAUUGUGAGCACCAUCAUUUUUACUAUGACAGUAUGUGUGUGGCUGGUGGCCGCCUUCAAAAUCCUAAGCUGGCUUUACCCUGCACUCUAUUCUCAAAGAGAGCUUGAGCAGAGAGGCUGCAGUGAAGGUGUCGGACUUGCCGAAGCCAUCGCAGAUGUAACGUCAUUGUGGCACCAGCUUUCCGUUGCAAUGUUCCUGAAGGAGGAGGAUGUCCUGGAAGUCCAGGGUUUGGACGCGUGGAUGCACAUGCAGUUUCAAUGGCUGUCAUUGCGGAUCAUCGCAUCCCUGUGUUUGGUUCCAGUCAUCGUCUGCCCAUUGCAUUGGACCCACGUCCAACCUCAAAGCUCCGAGCUUUUCUCACGGUUUAAUCUGGCGGUCAACGAGGAUCGUUACUUCGUAUUGUGGAUCCACGUCGGAGUUGUUUGGGCCGUGGUGACGCUGACGACUCGACAGCUGCACUUGGCCAUGAAGCAGUUUGUUCCUGUCCGAUACCGCUGGCUCAGUCAGAUGGACUUCCCGCAAUCCACCACCGUCUUGGUGCAGGGCAUGCCGGAGUCCAUGUCUUCAGAUGCACGCCUACAGUCUUACUUUGCUGGCCUUUUUGGGGACAAUGCCGUCGUGCGUUGCUAUGUCGUGCGCAACACGCGGCUGCUGCAAAGGAAGCUGGAGAGGCUUCGCAAAGCCGAGCGGGAACUUGCAAAGGCAGUCCUGAGGACCCAGGCCGGAGGUUCGGACCCGGCAUCUUCGGAGUUGGUGCAGAGCCUCCGCUGCAAGGAGGAGGUGACUGCCGAAAGAGUUCGGUUGGGGCGGCUGAGCCAUGCACUGGACCCCGAUGUCUGCACAAGCACCGGCUUCGUGACCUUCCGCACCCGACUGGACAUGAGACUCGCAGCGCGGGAACAACUCGGAACGGAUGCGUUUGCCCUUGUCUUGCAGCAGGCACCAUCGCCUAUGGAUGUGUCCUACGAUGCGCUGAUUACGCGUCCGAGUUUUACACUCCAGCGCUUGGGAGCCCUCAGCACAUUCGGGGUGUUCUUAGCCUUUGUCCCGGCCGUAGUCUUCGUCUCCACGUUGUUGAAUUUGAAUUCCUGGCAGCAGGUUUUUCCGGCCAUCGGCAGGCUGAGGCACUCGGUUCCAAUCGCCAUGGAGAUGCUGGAAGGUGUGCUGGCGACUUUGAGUCUCAAGCUCAUGCUUAGCUUCGUCCCAGCGGUGCUACUGAGACUGGUCAGGGCGUUCUCCAAACCAGUGUCCAACUCAUCUGCCCAGCUCCAGCUCCAGCGCACCUACUUUGCCUUCCUGGUUGUCUUCGUUCUGCUGGUGACCUCUUUUGCGCAGGGCCUCAUCACGACACUGCUCUUCGUAGCCCAGCAGCCGACAGCUAUUGUUCCGCUGCUGGCCAAGUCAUUGCCUCUUACAUCUCGCUUCUACGUGAAUUACUUGGUGCUUGGGUGGGGCUCGUGCAUGUGCGAGCUCCUGCGACCUGCCCCGCUUGUCCUCUUCCUGAGCCUUCGCGAGUUUACUAGCCAGGAGGACGCCAGGAUCCGGGCAGAGGAGGAUUCAGUGCUGAUGGGGACUCGAGCAGCAAGAUCGACCUUCAUGCUGGUCAUUGCGUUGGUCUUUUGCUCCAUUUGCCCUCUUGUCCUCCUCGUUGCCUUUGUCUACUUCCUGCUAGAGCGUUUCGCCCACGGCUACCUGUUCAUGGCUGCUGAGCCUCGUCAAGGCGAUACAGGAGGCGAAAUCUUUGUGCAGGCGCUCAAGCAGGUUCACGUGGGACUGAUGAUAUACGUGCUGCUCAUGGUGGGAGUGUUGGGCGCACGUGGCGCUGAAUUUAGCCUGCCUCUGGUGGUCCUGCUGCUUGUGGUGAUGUGGUCCCUCCAUGGCAUGGAGGGCUACUUGUGGGCGAACUUGCCGUUGGACAGAGUGUUUGACCUGGAUGAUGCCGAUCCGGCGUUUGAGGAGGGCCUUGAACACGAGGUUUAUGAGCAAGCGGAGUGCCGGGCCGCAGAGCCACCGCCAUCACCGCCGCAGAUCGUCGUGUCCAGGGUGUCGCUCAACAUGCCUACGACGCCCGUGGCACCGCCUGCCGCCCCCUCCGUGGCACCGCCAAUGCCUGCAAGAUCGCAACCCAGCCGUCCCAGCCCCGGCUCUCCGACUCUGCGGCACCAGCGUGCAGGUGCAGGGAAACCGCCCGAAGAGACUGGCACAGAAAGAAGCAACCAGGAUCAAGAAGAACACGAGUUCUGA